AUGAUUAUUCUAGUCUCUCAAAAUAGUGAUCGUAGAGUUGCUAUUGUUUCUGAAACUUUUGCGUUAGUUUUCAAGGCAAUAUCAAGAUCCAAGAAAGAUUCCAAUCCUUCAAAUAAUAAACGUUCGUUAUGCGCCAUUGAAUUAUUACCUAAGAAAGAUUUAACAGAUCAAGGAUUCAAAAGAUUAUCAGGACAAGAGAUUCAUGGCUUCAUUGGGCUCAUUGAGAUAGAUGGUUUAGUAUUUAUUGGUACUAUUACUGGUAAAUCGAAGGUUGCUCAGCCAAUACCUCAUGAAACUGUAAACAAAAUACACGGUGUCGAUUUCUUUUGUUUAAAUGACUCUCGUUGGGAUUUCGUUGAAAUAGAUUCUUCUGGAUAUCCUGUUAUAUCUGAGGCAGAAUCAAUGGACCGUCAAGAUUCAGUUCCAAGACAUCCAUGCUAUGAAAUAAGAAAAUUAUUAUCCAAUGGCUCCUUUUAUUACAGUUCCGACUUUGAUUUAACUUCUUCUUUACAAAAUCGUGGGUUCUCUGAGCAUUCUUUAAGCUCAGAUAACUUCGAGCAAGAAUAUAUGUGGAAUUCAUUUUUAAUGCAAGAAGUAAUUACCUAUAGAGAUAGGCUCGAUACUACAGCCAAACAAAUUUUAGAUGAUGAAGGGUUCCUGACAACAGUCAUCAGAGGGUUUGCAGAGACUUUUAUUACGUACGUGAAGAGACUAAAAGUUGGGUUAACUAUUAUUUCAAAACAAAGUUGGAAAAGGGCUGGUACUAGAUUCAAUGCCCGUGGUAUUGAUGAUGAAGCAAAUGUAGCCAAUUUUGUAGAAACAGAACUGAUCAUGUACUCAAACCAAUAUUGCUAUUCCUUUACACAAAUUAGAGGGAGUGUACCUGUGUUUUGGGAACAAGACACCGCUUUAAUAAACCCAAAAGUAUCAAUAACUAGAUCAUUAGAAGCUACACAACCUGUGUUCGAUGAUCAUUUCAUCAGAUUAACAAAUAAAUAUGGUCCUGUCCAUGUAGUUAAUUUAUUAUCAACAAAAGCUUCAGAAAUAGAAUUAUCUCAAAGAUAUAGGAAACAUCUCACAAAAUCGACCAAAGUUAUCCUCGGUAGAGAUACACUUCUGACAGAGUUUGACUUCCACAAAGAGACUGCUCAAGAAGGGUUUUCAGGAUCUAGAAAGUUAUUGCCCUUAAUCAUAGAGUCGUUACUGGCUAAUGGAUAUUUUUCCUAUGAUGUGAAAGAGAAAAGAAUAAUUUCUGAGCAACAGGGUGUGUUUAGGACUAACUGUUUGGACUGUUUAGAUAGAACAAAUUUGGUCCAACAAAUGGUGUCAUUAUGUGCUUUUAAAACAUUUUUAGAAGAUUUUGAAAUGAUAACAGCAAAAUCUUUUAUUGAUGAAGAUGAUUUUGUCAAUAAACACAAUGGACUAUGGGCUGACCACGGUGAUCAAAUCUCACAAAUUUACACAGGUACAAACGCAUUAAAGUCCUCAUUUUCAAGAAAGGGUAAGAUGUCAUUAGCUGGUGCUCUUUCCGAUGCUACUAAGUCCGUUAGCAGAAUGUAUAUUAAUAAUUUUAUGGAUAAGGGUAAGCAGCAAAAUAUCGAUGCAUUAUUAGGAAGGUUACCGCAUCAACAAGCUGUUGAGUUAUACGAUCCAAUUAAUGAAUUUGUCACAUCAGAACUCAAUGGCUUGUCUGAACAAUUCACGUCAUAUUCUACCGCAAAUUUAUUUGUAGGUACAUUUAAUGUGAAUGGUACUUCUAAAAGAGCCGAUUUAUCAAAAUGGCUAUUCCCAAUUGGCGAUAAAUUCAAACCAGAUAUUGUUGUAUUAGGUUUGCAAGAAGUAAUAGAAUUAACUGCUGGAUCCAUUUUAAAUGCUGAUUAUUCAAAGGGAUCAUUCUGGGAACGCAUGGUAAGUGAUUGCUUAAACCAAUUUGGAGAGAAAUACCUAUUAUUAAGAGUAGAGCAGAUGUCAUCUUUAAUAAUAUUGUUUUUUGUGAAGGCAGACAAGGCUAACAAUGUUAAACAAGUGGAAGGUGCAUCUAAGAAAACAGGGUUUGGUGGUAUGACUGGAAAUAAAGGUGCUGUAGCCAUCAGAUUCGAUUAUGGCUCGACAUCUUUUUGUUUUGUAAACGCACAUUUUUCUGCUGGGUCAACCAAUAUUGAUGAACGUCGUAACGAUUUUGAAAGUAUUUUCAAGAAUAUAUCUUUUACUAGGUCCAAAGCCAUUCAACAUCAUGAUUCUAUUUUCUGGUUAGGUGAUCUAAAUUACAGAAUUACGUUAGUGAACGAGGAGGUCAGGCGAGAACUUUCAGCCAAGAGAGAGGGAUAUAUCGAUACUUUACUGAAGUAUGAUCAGCUUACUCAAGAAAUUAACGCUGGUGUCGUAUUCCAAGGUUUCAAAGAACCUACAUUAAAAUUCCGUCCAACGUAUAAAUAUGACAAUGGUACUGAUAACUAUGAUUCAUCUGAAAAGGCUAGAACACCAUCUUGGACGGAUAGAAUUAUUUACAAAGGUGAUAACCUACAUCCAUUAGCAUAUUCCGAUGCUCAUUUAUUAAUUAGUGACCAUCGUCCAGUUUACGCAGCUUACAGAUCUAAAAUAACUUUUAUAGAUGAAGAAGUUAAGCUCAAGCUAACAAAUAAGCUUUACAACGACUAUAAAGCAGCUCAUCCAGAAGAUAUUGGUGGUAGAAACCACAGAUUGGUAGAUCUAGAUUUGGACAAUUCAAGUGCACCGAAAAAGUCAGAAUCAUCAUUACCACAAUUGAAAACGGAUUCACUAUUAGAUUUAGAUAAACCUGCAACUAUAACCCAGUCUCCUAUAUCUCAUACUCCAUCUUUGAAUUCAUUGAAUUCCGUUCCACUACAGCCUGCUUCAAGAAAAGCUUCUUCUGGAGAAAUAGCGAAGCCAGCUAUUCGUGCACCACCACCACCAGCACCUAGGUCAGUCACAUCUACUCCAAUUCAUAAGGCAAUGAGCUCUACAGAUUUAGGCACAUCGUCAUCUUUAGAUAUGAGGACACCUCCACCAAGGAAGUCAACCUCUCCACCACCACCUAUAGUACCAAGUGCCAGAAAAGUUUUGCCUCCAGGUUUUACAGAGGCAAUCCUAACACCUAAAAGUACAAGUAGUUCAUUACCUUUGACCAAAUCUCCUGAUCCAAUAUCUAGGAAAACACCACCUCCACCUCCAAAACAUCAUUCUAGUAUUGUGUCGCCACCGCCUGCAUCUGCAACUAAGAUUGAAAAGGUUAAGAAUGAUGGAAAGGACAAUUCCCAAGAUGCUAAACCUAACACACAAGCAAGUGAAGAACAUCAGAAAAAAGUCCCUCCAUCAGUUCCUAAUAAAAAGCCAGAAUUAGAAGGUUUGACUAUGGACUCAUGGAAGCCUCUAACUCCCAAAUAA